AUGUCAACAUGUGGACUGAAUGCAAAAGGUCAAUUUGCCAUUGUCUAUAAUGGAAGUAUGUGUGUAUAUGAUGGAAUUCCUACAGAAAAGGUGCAAGAAAUAAUGUUGAUGGCUGCUGCCACUACUAAGUCUUCUGAAAUGAAAAUUGGAAUUCCAUUCACUUCACUCUUUUCCAGUGCCGCUCCUUCUUCUCCACAAGGAACUUCUAACAAUGUGCCUUCUCCUCCAUCAGUCUGUUUUCCUGCUGCUGACAAGAGUUCCAUUUGCCGGAUGCAAGAAUUUCCAUUAGCACGCAGACAAUCACUUCAAAGUUUUCUUAAGAAGAGAAGGAUCAGGGUACGUGGCAAAGCACCUUAUGCCUCUUCAUCAUCAAAAGCAGUUAACAACAUUGACAACAACUCAACACCACCAUUUCCGGUCACCGAUGCAAACACCUCCACCCACAUUGCCAUCAACUUCUUGGUAUCGCUGUGUGCUUUGUACAGAAAAAGGGAAAAGGAUCCAGAUCUGAUUAUGCUGCGCCUUCUCCGUAUACCUCAUCUCACAAUUCAGGUCAAUACUUAG